AUGUCAACGAAAAAACCACCUUGUGCAUUGUAUAUUCCACCAGCAUUAAGAAACAAUGUGAACAAUGAUCUUAUCAUUUCUAAUAAAGUCGGGGAACGAUCGUGUAUUUCACCAUCUUCGAUGGCAUAUCUUUCCAUAAAUCAACAUACCGAUGACAUAGAACAACGCUUCAAGUCACUGGAGCUUUCUGAUAAUUCCACCGAAGUAUAUGAUGGUGGUUCCAAGAAGAACGUUUUCGGUCCAAAAGUAUUAUCAAAAAACGAGCAUUCUCUUGAUCACAAAACUGAACCACCAUUAAAGUUAAGUGAUUUUCAGCAUAUCAUUGAAUUGCAUAAUCUUUCAAAAGAUGUUGGAAAUUACCGAUUAGAAUCUGAACUCACAGGAUUUCAAGGUAGUGGAUUUUACCUAAAAUGUUUGGAUGAUGAACACUGCUUGGCUGUAUUUUCAUCUAACGACGAAGCAAAUCGUGCACUGGCUCAAAUAUAG